CGCUUUGAAAUGUUGAAAAACAUACCCAAAACACCUGUGAAACAGGUUGGUGAGAAUUUUAUGCGAGGAAUUACGAAGGAUGCAGCAACAUGAAAAGUCACUUUCUUGGAUGAAUAUAUUCUGGAUAAUGAUAGGCACUAUGACACUCAUACCUGAGAAUCCUCUGGUGACCUAACUUGCUUGUAAAAGGCAGCCAUGCCGGUUUCGAGCCUCGUGUCUCAGGGGACAGUCAAGGUCUCUGUCAGCGAUGUGCUGGAGGUACGCAGCGGGCCGCUCAAUGAGGAGGAACUCUGGAGCGUGCUGUGCCAGAGCGCCAAGGCCCUGCAGGAUGUCUUCUUGCAAGGCGAGGCAGUCGUCCAGGGCACACCGCGCUUUGUUCUCUGCCCCUACACGCUUCACUUCACGCCCAGCGGACGCGUUACGUUCGCCGAGACGAUUGACCCAACCCUUCCCGAUAUCAGGAACUUCCUGUCCCCAGAGGUCCUGACUGGCCACAUGAAUCCAUCCGAUGCCGCUGUGGAAAAGAUGUUGGUGUACUCUCUAGGGAUGACCCUGUUCUGGGCAGCAGAGUAUUCCACCCCAGCAGGCAGUAGGCCAACCUUGACCCAUGACCUCCAGUCCAUACUGCUUGCCAUGACCAACGCCAAUGCUGACGCCAGAGUGGCGCUGAUACAUAUCCUAGAGGCAUGUACACUGCAUGCACGCCAGACACACACAGGGCUACCGUACGCACACCACGUGAUGAAGCUCAGCAGAAUCGUCAUGGGCAGUGUCUAUGAGCUGGACAAGCUGGUGCAUCCAUACAGCCCUGGGGAUGAGGUGGAUGCUGAUCUCAACAGCAGUAACCCUCUCAAUGGAAGUGGCUCCUAUGUGCAGAAUGGCGGGCCCCCGGAACACCACAGAAACUCUGACUCUUUCUUUGCCCUACCGUAUCUCACCUACCAAGACGUGCAACCCUUCUAUCAAAACUUCCCUCCUCCUUACCGUUUCCGAGAUUUCCGGCCCUGCUCCUGCAGCUCUCCUGCAUACUGCCCAUGGCGUUUGAGUCCAAGCAAGAGGCCUGGCUAUCACCAAAACUCAAACAACAAUGCUACGUCAAACAAGCGGCCCCGCUCGGCCAAAGAUAGUCGGCACUAUCACCACGAACCCCCAGAUGGCAGCAGCCAUCACAGCCGCUCGCGAUCCGCGCACCAUCCUUCGAAUAUCAGCACUAGCACUGUCGACUCCCAAGAUAGUUACGGUGAUGCAAGAGGAGUACGUGACUCCCAGCUACCGCACCGGACGUACCGGACAACGGGAGUAGAGGAGACUGGCCGGUCGUACCAUUUAUCUGACAUUUUCACCCCGACGUUGGCCUCGGGGGAGGGAUCCAGAGAUCAGUCCCGAUCGAGAGACCGGUCCAGAUCGAGAGACAGGUCAAGGGAAAGGUCGCGGGGGAGGUCGAGGUCACGGGACCGCUCCACGGACCGAUUCAGCAAAAAAACGCGCUCGCCGCCCUCGGGAGAGAGCCGGCACCCUCAGACCAACGCGGUUUACGACAGACUCUACGAGAGGCGGGAACGCUUGCGUCUGCUGAGGGAGCAGCUGGGCAUCAGGCACCGGGAUCUGGACAUCCGCAGACCGUUACUUGGUUACCAUAGCGACGGGGGGACUGUAAGCGACGAGGGCAGUGAGGUCGAUGCAGGUCAUGAGCCAAAGGUCAGGGCCAGGUCACUCAAGUCAUUGACCUCGAUGGAGUCUGCUCAGGAGGGAAGUUUCUAUCCUGACCAGCAGCAGUAUGCCUCAUCAGACUCUCUGUCAACUGACCGCGGCCGGUCGCGCAACCGCAGGGCCGAACUCCAGGGGAUGGAGCGUCGAGCGUCAGGCCCCUCCUCCCAACCGACUUCCAAGCCUUCAUCGCUGCGGCGCGCGGAGAGCGCCCCCAGGCAGCAGAAUGGUAAAGCCCCUGACCGAGUACCAGUGAAUGGCCAGGCGGUGCCAGCACGCAACGGUACCAGGGAUCCUCCUGCUGGAAAGAGGAAACUCAAGAAAUUUUUUGGACCGGAAUUUGUAGUGAUGAGCAGUACUGCCAACGAAUCUUUGGACAUGUCCCCUUCCAUACUGUGUAAAGCGGGUAAAAUCCCCCCUGACCGCAAGAAGGUCACCGUGGUGCUCCUGAACGGCCGCCGGCUUGACCUCAUGUGUGACCUCGGGACCAAAGGUCAAGAGAUGUUUGACAUCGUCACGUCCCACAUUGGACUGAGCGAGAAGGUGUACUUUGGACUAGCCUACAUUAAAGAUGGGGAGUACUUCUUUCUGGAGUCGGACGUGAAGCUGUUCAAGGUGGGCCCAGACUCCUGGAAGGAAGAGGUCAAGAAGGGGUCAAAGAAGGUUGUUGCUAGGGACAAGUUCACGCUGUUUUUCAGGAUCAAGUUCUAUCUGGAGAACACGGCCAUGUUGAAGGACCAACUCACCCGCCACCAGUACUACUUGCAGCUGCGGAGGGAUAUCCUGGAGGAGAGGACGCGAUGCGACGAGCGGGCCGCACUACAGCUAGCCUCCCUGGCACUGCAGGCCGAGAUGGGGGACUACCACGCCGAGACCAUGAGCCGGAACUACUUUCUGCCAGAGCACUACGUUCCCUCGGGGAUCAUUGAUACGGUGGGCGUCCCGCGGAUCAGGCAGUCCCUGCCCCCCAUGCACGCCACUCACUCCGGCAUGGGGGAGCUGCAAGCUGAGAUGGAGUUUUUGAUGGAAGCGAGGAAACUACAGGAGUACGGCAUCCAUUUCCACCGUGCCUCCCGCAGUAAGAAGGAUCCCAGCGCCUCCAUCUGGCUGGGUAUCUGCACCCGCGGCAUCAUUGUCUACGAGAAACAUGGCAGUGUGCGACAACAGAUCCAUGCACACCCAUGGCACCUGACCAGGAAGAUUGCUUUCAAUAGAAAGAAGUUUUCCGUCGAAGCGAAUGACGGAACUACCAGUAAAUACAUCCAUUACACCGAAAACUACAAAAAAGGGCGGUACAUGCUCCAGCUCUGCCAGUCCCAGCACAAGUUUCAGAUGGCGAUGCGUCUGAAGGCAAACACCUCCCGCAAGUUUGGUCAAGAUUUUCCCGUGGAGGCAGAAUCCUUCACCGACUCACUCCGGUUCUCAGCAUACAAUGACUACCAAGAUGAACUGGAUUUCUCUGACGACGAUGACAACGGAAGCAUUCAAAACUCAGUUCCCGAGAGCCUAUUCCUCCAAGGCCAAGAGGAUGUCAACGGACAACAACAGCACGUGCCAGAUUACGAAGAGAUUGCUAUGGGUAAUCAGAAUCGAUCAUCAUCUUCACCAGACAGACGGUGGGAGAGAGAUCCACCGAUCUAUCAGAAUCAGCCCGCUUUUCCCAAAAGCCAGAGGGAGGGCAGUCAAGAACGGAGACAGCGGAAUGAGUCCCCUAGCCGGACGUUGCCAAAUCACCGGAAUGAGAAGAACAGCAGGCAUCAUGGGAAGGACUACCACAGCAAGGAGACGAUCCCUUACGACGAGCUGAAGGUCGGCAGGUCGUCAAGUAAGGCGUCGCAGGGACGCCGGCUGUCGGAGUCGCGAAGCAGCCGCUUGGAGCGGCAGAACCAGCACCUGAGCUUUCACAGUGGGAGCUCCAAUGACGCCUCCCCCCAGGGGGAGAACGGUCACAACCAUGGCCAUAGCCACAGCCGCAACCACACACCAAGCCGGAAAUCACCAGACAAGGAGCGUCAACCGUCCCGAGCCAGAGCCCGUACCCCUGAACCCAAAGCAGUGACUUCGGAGUCUGGUCGCCAAGCCUACGAGGACGAGAAUCCCUACGCUACCGUGGCAGAUAUGGAGAUACAGGAAGGUCACCGUUCUCAAGACAGUGAAGACAUGGAUGAGGACGGGCGGGAGAUCCUAGGCCUGGAUGAGGUGGAUAUGCCUCAAGUCAUCGAUGCCAGUAUACGCACUCACGAGCGUACCCGUCCUGGCACGCUGGAUGACCACACAGAAGUGAUCAGCGAGACCUUACAGGAGCGACUCGAUGACCUCUCACCCCCAGAGCAGCCUGAGAGAGACAUCUCCAUCAUCACGCUCAAGAAGGACUCCAGUCAUGGACUAGGUGUGACCAUUGUCGGGGGUGAGAACUCACGCAGUCUGGACCUGGGCAUCUUUGUCCAGUCGGUCAUCCCCGACGGGCCAGCUGACCGAGACGGCCGGCUGCGUCCAGGAGAUCGUAUCAUCUCCAUCAACGGUCAAAGCCUAGAAGGUAUCAGUCACCGUGUGGCUGUGGACAUCCUGAGCAACGCUCCGGCCACGGUGCAGCUGAUAGUGUCCCAGCCAAAGUCAUCAAGUCCUGAUUCCAAACAGCAACGACAGGUUCCCAUGGAGGAUGAUGAUGUCAUCACUCCGACCCAGGCCGUCCAAUCACAGGCCCAGCUGCAGCUCCCGCCCACCAACGGCAACCAGCCCGACACGCCCAGGACCCAGAAACGCAAGCACACGCCCCCGCGUAAGCCCCAGCGAAGACCUCAGAGCUUCGGCUCCAACUACAGCUUGGCGUUGUCAGACGCGAGUCACGGAAGUGAUGGCAGUGCUACGCAGACCAACCCCAAGGCUACCCGGGCCCGUAUGCUCUUGACGGCUGAGAACGCCCGACCCCAAAGAUCUACAGACUCAAAUCAGAACGCACACGAUAAUCAAAUCAAGCCAGUGGCUGACGAAGAUAGUUCUAGGUCGCGAGAUAAAAGUCAGAGUAGGGCUUCGCCAGCUGACCAAAGUGAUGUCCACUUCAGCUCGGAUGAGGAGGAUGUCCCUACCCCAAGAAGCUCGGAUUUGGACGACCUGUUCCCCGACGAACACAAAUCCUCAGCCAAGCCUCGUCUAGUCCACGGUUCACUGUCCGCCUCAGCCAACUCCCCUCUGAGUGAUUUUUUCACCUCUCCUGCCGAGGCCCUUGAUUCGGCUGUGGAUAACACGGACGCUAUGACCAAAACGGAGGCUGAGGACGAUUAUGAGGAAGAGGCGGGUCAGGGGGUGGAGGUCAAAGGUCAGGGGGAAUUGAAGCUUGGCGAUGUCUACAGGGUCCAGCUGAAGAAAAGCAACAACAGCUUGGGAAUCAGUGUCACGGGUGGCGUCAACACCAGUGUCAAGCACGGUGGCAUCUACAUCAAGUCCAUGGUGCAUGGGGGUGCAGCAGACACGGACGGCAGGAUACAAAUCGGUGACCGUGUCCUGCAGGUCAACUCGGAUUCCCUGGAGGGUGUGACCCAUCGCCAGGCAGUCGAGACCCUGCGUCGCGCUCCAGAGUCAAGCUCCUUGGUCAUAGAGCGCGGUAUCCCUCCCUCCAUGGCCAGCAACCUGCCCCCGACACCGGUCCCCUCCCCGCUGGUAGUCAUCGGGGAUAACGGGGAGCCCAUGAUCAUGUCCAGCACCAGGGAGCAAGUGAACGCUGAGGCACCCUCUCGUGGCAAUGCAGAGCUAGGAGAUCGGCCCAGUAGCGUUACAUCCUUUACUGAUGUCGAACGCCAGACACCACUGGACAGAACCCUAGACGCAUCCAGUGACGCACCCCGGGGCGAGAGCGACACCACUCCCAUCCCGUCGUCCGCCGUAGCGUCCCCAGUGGAUGAGGUUGUGACGGCCAGUGUGUCACGGGCUCCCCCACCCCUGAUGUCACAGGCUCCCCCACCCCUGAUGUCAAACGCUCCCCCACCCCCAGUGUCAGAUGAUGAGGAUUGGGUGCACAGUACAUCCUCCAGGGGGUCCACAGUGAGAAGAGCUUAUUUGGACCCACUGGAUAGGGAAGAGCCCAAGGAUGACGUUGAUAGUAUCAACGAUGGUGUGGGCGAAUCCAGAGGGACCACACCUACUAUUCAAGCUUUUAAGGACUAUGAGCUUCCAAGUUCCACCCCUAUGAGUGACGGCGAAGUUGACAGUCAACCUACCAGCAGUAGGUCCGAGUCCCCCAUCCCCAGUGAGCAUUCUGUCAUUGGGGUGGGGUUUGACCCUGAAAUCGCCUCCCCUGUCCUUAGCACCCGCGAGGCUGAUACCCUGACCCCUACUGCUCACCUAGACUGGCGCAGCACCCCAACAGGGGGGCUAGAGAAGGGAUUAUGGAGUGCCAAGUCCGCCUCCUUUCGCAGCGGGGCCGCACCCAUCAUACACGAGCAGAGUACCGAUGAUCAACGAUCCAGUGCAGAUCAAUGGACGGAUUACGAUUACGAGGAGCGGUCGCCAACUCCUUCCACGGAGUACGGGUCGCGUUCACCAUCCCUUGACGGUCGCUCGUUACGCGACGAUGAGUUCAUAAGUGAUGACGCUGAUGAGGAAAUAAUGCCAUCUCCGAUCAUGCACGACCACCAAGCUGCUAAUAACACGGUCAUCAGUACAAAAUCCACUGAACUUCCAAAUAUCAGGACAGAGACCAUCAUGACAUCACCAUCUGCUGCAACGAACCUAUCGCCGAGCCGCGGCAGUGACACCCUGAACUCCCAGUCCCCCUUCCCUUCCCUUGACGGCACCCUCCCGCUCCCCAGUGACGUGUCCGGGACCAGUCGGAGCGCUACCCCUGAUCUACCUCCUCUGAUCCUGCCGGACGAUUCGCUCCUCAAGCUGCCCAAUAAAUCGCCGUCCCCGACGUCAUCGAUGAGCAGCGUAGGGGCGCUCACCCUGACUCAGACUAUGAUGUCUACCAUGGGACUGGAGGGUAACAUUGAGCUUCCUGAUCUGCCUUACGUUACCCCAGAGAACAGCUUUGAGGUGCAGCUGACCAAGGGCACCCAGGGGCUAGGCUUCAGCAUCCAGGGUGGCAGGGGAAGCCACAAGGAUCUCAAGGCCUGCCUGCUGCGCAUCAAGAAGGUCUUUGCCGGCCAGAAGGCUGCGGCUAGCGGCCUGGUGGAGGAAGGAGACAUCAUAUUGACUGUCAAUGAGCAGCCUGUAUAUGACAUGACGCAUAAUGAGACGGUAGCGGUAUUGAGGGGAGCACCCCAAGAUGUUCGCCUGCUUCUUUGUCGGCCCAGCGAUGAGGAACUGGACCUUCUCACCCUUUACGAGGAUGAAAAGACGUUUGAGCAGAAGUUGUCUUCCUCGUCCAGCCCUAAAGUCACCAAGGAAUCUCAGACCCAGGACGACGCCCCCACAUCCCUCUUCUUCCCUACCCUGCUGAACACCACAGACCAGUUCUCACCCCCGGAGUCCCCGUCUUCUCCCCCGGAGUCCCCGUCUCUCGCCCUGGACCCCUCGGAGGCCCAAUCCCUCAGUCUCGCUCCCCCGUCGUCCAGGGAACCCGAGGUGAAGGUGAGGUCACCUGUGAUGUCACCUUUGACCUCGCCAAACAGUAGUCUGAGCUCGCCCAUCAAGUCUUUCGCUGAUCCGUCAAGCGGGGAGUACGUAGAGGUGACCCUGAUCAAGCCAGCCAAGGGCGGUCUAGGAUUCACUGUGGCCGGCGGGGCCAACUCGGGCGGCUGCUACAUCAAGGAUGUCAUUCAGGACCCAGCCAAGUCUGACGGCCGACUUAAAAAAGGAGAUAAACUCAUCAAGGUCAACGACCAUGACAUGCUAGCCAUGAGCCACUUCGACGCUGUCUCCUUCCUGCGCAUGACCCCCCAGGAGGUCACCAUCAAGGUCCUACGCCUCAGGGAACGUCCCACGGAGACCCCAACCCCAGCACCCCCUCCUGUCCCAACGUCCCCACCCCCUGCCUCCCCUACCUUGCACUCUGACAGACCCGCGUACGAAGCCCCCCAGAGCCCUUCCAGCUCGUCGCGGUCCGACGUCACGACCGUCGUCAACGUGGACCAGCUCCCCAUCGUCAGGGUCCAACGCAACUCGGCCGGACAACUCGGCCUGUCCCUGACCCUUGACCUGAAGGGCAGCCGGUCUGGGAUCGUGGUGAGCGACGUCAUACCUGGCCUGCCGGCGGCAAGCGAGGGCAGCAUACAGAUCGGGGAUUUCAUCCACGCCAUCAGCGGGAAGAGCUUGGUUGGAAUGAGCUUGAUGGCUGCCAGGCGUCUGCUGGAGACCGCUCCCAAUACAGUGGAGCUCAAAUUAACCAGGAACGGCCAGCCAGUGCACCCAUGCAGACGGCUCCCCACGCCCCGCAGCCCGAUAAACUCCACCAAGGAUGUCCCCAAGAUCCUCCUGCCCGGCAACCCGAGGCAGGACAAGCCUCUCCUUCAUGAGGACAGUCAGGGGGAGAUAUCGGUGGAGGAGGAGAUGAAGGGAGUGAUGGAUUCGUUGGACUUGGAUCUCGGAGACUUGUCCUCGGAGAAGAUGGAGGAAACGGACUGGGAGGAUGUUUCAGAAAGUGAAAAAGAUAAUCUGGACGACGUUGACGCCAUCUUGGCCUCGCUGGAAGCAGAGCACAACAUCACCUUGCCAGAUGAGAUCAAGGAGAACAGGCCUCGUCCAGCAGAUGUCCCCAUUAUUCAGAUCACAGCCAAGUCUGUCGAACAGUCCCCGAGAAAGUACCUUCUGGAGUUUGAAAAAGACGAAGCCGAUGAACAUGAACCCCCACGGACCCCCUCCCCUACGUACAGUAGCCCCAUCCCCACCCCUUACCUCACCCCCACCCCGCCUGCCACCCCUUCCCCCACCCCCACCCCACCUGCUUCCCCUCCCCCAACCACUCUCCCCGAUACCAACCACCAACCGGACGUCCCCUCAAGCCCUCCCUUCUCACCCCCUCCUGCCGAAGUGGAAUCACCCAUCACCUUCGGGGGGUCAGGGGUCGCCAUGGCUGCCCCACCCUCGGAGGUGGACUCCCCCACCCCUAGCGAGGCACCCACCGUGGACAGGGCCAGCGUGGGAAUCAUCGAGAAGGCGUCGACCGUCGGAGAGACAGACCACGAGUCGGAGGGUCAUCCUGAAAAGUCAGAGGGCGGAGUGAUCUGGAUAGAUCUGGAGAAACCGGCCAAUGGGAGCCUAGGGUUUAGUUUGACCGGAGCCAUGAAGGGCGGGAAGACCAGUAUCUUCAUCAAGACAGUCACGCCAGGGGGCGUGGCCGAGAGCGACAGUAGACUGCGAGUUGGCGAUCGGCUUCUACAGGUGAAUGGAGAAAGCCUCGUUGGCAUGACGCAGAACAAAGCGGUCGGAAUUCUGAGGAAGAGCAAAGGGGUCGUCAGAUUAGCCGUUACAAGGCAACUGACCAAAUCCAGUAGUAACUCAACCCCCAUCCAGCCCAAGCGUCUCCCCAUCCUGCCUGUCCGUGAGUCCCCCGUGCCUGCCCUCAACCUUCCCCGCCACAGCGAGGACGAUGACGACAACGAAGCCAAUGAAGGAGCUGACUCGCAGGCCCAGUCUUACACCGAGUCGGCCAGGGACGCUGAGCUAGAGGAUGCAGAUCUGUCCGAGUUUGACAUAAGCACAAGUCUCAACUUUGACUCUCACUCCUUGCCCCUGGGUGGUGUGUCCUCCAUGGCUUUCACCCCACCUCCCCCGGGGUUCCGAGCCGGCUAUGUCUCAGGUCACGACACGGACGACGAUAUGGACUACACCAUGGAUCUUCCUGAUGACUCGAGGGCAGCACGCCCAGACACGCAGAGAAGCUCGCCGUCUGCCAGCGACAGCCGACUACCGGCCUUGAAGUUUGGACAAGCCUUGAAGGCUCGUGGCCAGAUGCUCCCCGAAAGCGACGACGAUUCUAGCUCCUGGGGCUCCGACGCCGACAUCCCCCUCUCAUCCGGCCGAGGCCACACCCCUUCCACUCGGGCCACGCCCAGCCACAAGAUCCUGAGCGUGAUCAGCGAUGCCGAGCUGCGUCGCAUGACGCUGGCCAGACCGGCCCCGGGAGGGCGCUAUUCGGGCAGGUCGCUGCGCAACGCCAUCGCGGCGCUGCAGAAGCAGAUAGACAAGCAGGAUCCUGUUGAGGAAUUCAAGGUGCUGCGUAACGUCAAACUAACAGACAACUGUGAGGAAGCCAAGAAAGCCGUCAACAAAGACAAGAACAGAUACCGCAAUGUACUUCCAUACGACGAGACCAGAGUUGUGAUUGAGCAGGCCGGCCGAAGCAACUACAUCAACGCCAGUCACAUUGACGUCCUGGUGGGUAAGGACACCCACCGCUACAUUGCCUGCCAGGGACCACUGCCGCAGACUACCGGCGACUUCUGGCAGAUGGUCUGGGAGCAGAGGUCGGAUGUCGUCGCCAUGGUGACGCUGGCUGUUGAGAGUGGCAAGGUAAAGUGUGACCGCUACUGGCCCGAUUCCAUGGAGACGCCCAUCACAGUGGCCGGCCGCUAUCAGCUGAGACUGGACAGCAUGCAGACGCUGGACCACUUUGACAUCCGCAAAAUAUCCAUGAGUGAUAUGAAGACCAACACCAUCCACUACGUCACCCAUCUCAACUUCACCACCUGGACAGACCAUGGCGUGCCCUCCUCAGCCCUCCCCUUACUGCGCUACACCAAGUACAUGCGCAAGAUUCACGCCAACGGGCCAAUCAUCGUCCACUGCAGCGCGGGAAUCGGCCGGACCGGAACGCUGAUCACCAUCGAUACCCUCAUGGCGUUGAUCGAUCGGGACGAGCCGUUCAAGAUUGUCAAUAUCGUCAGGGAUCUGAGGACCCAACGCCAGGGCAUGAUCCAGACCAAGGACCAGUAUCUGUUCUGCUACAAGGCGGCCAUUGAACUGCUCAAGACUCUCGUCUGAUACGCCAAGUAUUCUUCUCAGAGAUGUUGUUACGAAAAAUCUUGAAGGUGAUAUUGAACAAUGCAGGGAAUGAGUCCGUGACAGAAAAAACAAGGUGGGGAGAAUCAUUCCUAUGUGAAGACUGCUCACACAAAGCUUGGUUUCGUUUAGAGAGUUUGGAUGUCUCAGAAAGGAGGAAGUUUCGGUGAGUGUCUCAAGGUGUUAAUUGGUCAAUCUUCCAUUUUUCUAAUACCUCCAGACUAUUCUAGAUUCUGAUUGGUCUAAAAGAAAAACAAUUCAUUUCCUGGAAGUUGUAAAGGAAGCUGUAUUUAUUUUGAUAUGCUGUAAGAAUUCUCAGAUUGGAGAUUUUUUUUUGUAUUGAAAGCAUUAUUUGCUCACUGCGGCACAAGAUACUUAAUUUAUCAUACUCGUAGAUUUAGCAGAGACUUAUUUUUUUUCAGUACCCGUCCUUAUAUUUAUUUCAAGAUGGAUUUCCAUGAAUUUACUUUUACCCAGCCAUAUUGGAUAUAAUUAAUUGUAGUGUUUUUUUUUUAAUGGACAUUUUCAGUACUUGCAUAAAGAUCAAUUUUUUUUUUGCAUUCAACCAAAAGACUACAUAUAAAUAUUUAACGCAUGAUUAAAAAAUAAACCUUCAGAAAUUAAGAACACCUUGCAGACGUUUUAGCGAAAUAUAGUUUUGCUCAUUUUAUGAGAUCUUUAAUGAUAUAUAAAAUUUUGCCAUCAAAAUGUUGAAAUAGUGGACCCAACAAUUUUGGACAAUGUUGAAGUUGCAUGAAAAUUAUGUAUUUUUGAGAUGUCCGUCCUAAAAAAUGAAAUAAUAAACUUGCUAAUGAAAAAUUAAACUAUUGCUGCAUAUGAAGUUAAUAUUUUUUUUUGUAGAGCCGUUUUAUCUAUAAAAAGAAAGAAAAAAAAAGAAAGAAAGAUCAAUAGUAAAUGGAACACACACAAGGUAAACAAAAGGUUAGGUUUGCGUCCAUUUUUUUUUUUUCUUUUUUGGUAAAUUUUAUCAAAAUGUUGUUACAAGAUGAUCUCACCAUUCUUCAGUUGAAUGAGUUUUCUAAAUCUGAAGUUCAGAAUUUAAGGGAGUAAAAAGUGUAAAUAUAGAGUUUAAUCAGACUUGUUUUGUAAUUAUUCAUUCAGAAUUCUGUAUUCAUUCCGUUUAAUGUGUGAUAAUUACUUCUUUUUUUGUGAUAUGAAAAGAUUGAUUACUUAUUUGAUCAGUCGCUUUUAAUUGGGAAACUGUCUCAAAAUUCUUGCCUUGCAAAAAUGAGGAUCAUGGCUGAUGAACUGAAUGAUCCUUUAAUUUAUAUGAAAGCCUUAAAAAAAAUGACUGAAAAUUGUUAUAUUAGCAUAAAAAGCGGUACGUGAUAAUUCUAAAUACAUGAGUUGAAAUUUUUGUAUUUUUUUGGAGAAAUUUUGGACAAAUUUUAUAAAAUGAAAAAAGAAAGUGCUUGAAAGAAUCAGCCAUUCCUGCUUUGCGUUUAAUAAUUGAACAAUUGUUAUUGAGUAACGACUCAGAUGUAUGGUUUUUCUGAAUUUUUUUACUACAAGAAAGACUGUUUAGUGAGCAAUGAUGGACUUUAUGUCUGCAAGAAUUUCUGACAGGUUAAAAAUUGUAUAUUUGAAAUCCGUUCGGCUUUGGUGUGUUUGCAGAACAAUUUAUUUUUUUGGCUAAAGCAUUAAGAAAGACAGGGUAUGCGGUUUUCAUCUCAUUUCUGUUUUCCUUUCUUUUUUUCUUUUGUACAAUAUAAAUUCCAGUUACUCAUAUUCAAGUGUUCUUAUAAGAAUUAAUGUACUUAAGUAAGAAAUCAGAGAACU